GAUGCCGGCGGCGGCCUCCGCGUCGCUUCUCGGGGGCGAUGCUGCCGAGGCGCAGCUCGCUGACGGGGCUGGCGGUGGGGCUGUUCGCCGUCUACGUGGCGCACACCUGCUGGGUGAUGUACGGCAUCGUCCACACCCGGCCCUGCCUAGCCGCCACCCGGGGCAACGACGCCAACGACGGCUGCAUAAGGCCUUACCUGGCGCGGAGGCCCAAACUGCAGCUAAGCGUUUACACGACCACACGAUCAAACAUAGGCACUGAAAAUAAUAUUGAUCUGGUUUUGAAUGUGGAUAACUUUGACGUCGAGUCCAAAUUUGAAAGAACAGUUAACGUUUCAGUACCAAAGAAAACACGAAAUAAUGGGACAUUGUAUGCCUACAUAUUUCUUCAUCAUGCUGGAAUUCUGCCUUGGCAUGAUGGCAAGCAGGUGCAUAUAGUAAGCCCUCUGACUACUUAUAUGGUCCCUAAACCAGAAGAAAUUAAUCUUCUUACAGGAGAAUCUAUCACGCAGCAAAUUGAAGCAGAAAAAAAGCAGAAUUAUGCUCUAGAUGAGCCUGUCUCACACUGGAGGUCCAGGCUGACCUUAAAUGUUAUGGUGGAAGACUUUGUCUUUGAUGGAUCCUCUCUCCCUGCUGAUGUGCACAGAUACAUGAAAAUGGUUCAGUUGGGCAAGACUGUGCAUUAUCUUCCAAUAUUGUUUAUUGAUCAGCUGAGCAACAGAGUGAAAGAUUUAAUGAUUAUAAACCGUUCAACAACAGAACUACCCCUUACAGUGUCAUAUGAUAAAAUAUCCCUGGGGAAACUGAGGUUUUGGAUCCACAUGCAAGAUGCUGUGUACUCCCUGCAGCAGUUCGGCUUUUCCGAAAAAGAUGCUGAUGAAGUAAAGGGGAUUUUUGUGGAUACCAACCUCUAUUUUCUUGCUUUGACAUUCUUUGUAGCAGCAUUCCAUCUUCUCUUUGAUUUCCUUGCAUUCAAAAAUGACAUCAGCUUCUGGAAGAAGAAAAAGAGCAUGAUUGGCAUGUCUACAAAAGCAGUGCUUUGGCGAUGCUUCAGUACCGUGAUAAUAUUUCUUUUCCUACUGGAUGAACAAACAAGCUUGUUGGUGCUGAUUCCAGCCGGUAUCGGGGCAGUGAUUGAGCUUUGGAAAGUGAAGAAGGCAUUGAAAAUGACAAUUGAAUGGAAUGGCCUGGUGCCAGCAGUGAAGUUUGGUGCAUUUACUGAGUCUGAGAAGAAAACUGAGGAGUAUGAUACCCAGGCUAUGAAAUACUUAUCAUAUUUACUGUACCCAUUGUGUAUUGGAGGUGCAAUUUAUUCUUUGCUUAAUAUCAAAUACAAAAGCUGGUAUUCCUGGUUAAUUAACAGCUUUGUCAAUGGAGUAUAUGCUUUCGGAUUUCUAUUUAUGUUGCCACAACUAUUUGUAAAUUAUAAGAUGAAAUCUGUUGCACAUCUGCCCUGGAAGGCAUUCACAUACAAAGCAUUCAACACUUUCAUUGAUGAUAUUUUUGCGUUUAUCAUCACAAUGCCAACAUCUCAUCGGCUGGCAUGUUUUAGAGAUGACGUGGUGUUCCUGGUCUACCUUUACCAAAGAUGGCUUUAUCCUGUGGAUAAGAGCAGAGUGAAUGAAUAUGGAGAAUCUUACGAAGAGAAGCCGAAAAGAAAGCCCCACAAAGAAUAACUUAGGAUAACUCUGGGAGUCUCUUUGGACUGAUACUGGCUGCAUAUGUUGUCUGGCUUUUAAGAAGCAGCAAAGCAAAAGAGUAUUCUUCAAAGCUUGUGACAGAACUUCAUGGACAAUAUAUCAUCUGCAUUGCCAAAAAUAUGUUUUGAUUGCCUUUGGAUCUAUCUUUGCUGUUGUUGUUUUUUUGUGUUCAAGAAGUCUGCCAAUAUUUCUGCCAGGUUUCACUCAAAUGAUUAACAUUUUGAAUUUCUGUGGAAGUUUCUGCAUAAAUAUUUGUGUCUGUCCUGCUUAAUGUCUUCGGCCCUCCAGUAUCCAGCAGUGUGGUUGUAUGUAUUUAAAGGCCUGUGAGAAAUAGAAGUAUACUGUGAAUAAUUACAAAAGGGUAAUGAAAGUGUGGGAGGAGGCCAGCCCGUGACCUUCAAACCGUCCAAUAAAAUGCUUUUGUACUCGAUUGGGCCAAUCCCUGGGCAUGACCCAGUCCAAUUCAAGACCCUGAUUUCAGUGCAAGAGAUUUCAGUGCAUUUUUAUCUCACGCGUUGAAAUCAUGUGGACUUUAAAAAAAGUUUGCUUGGCUGGAUUGCACGCCUUGUUUUGUAUCGCUUUCUCCACCAUGAACAUCUCAUCUUUUAGAAUGAGAUGACAGCUAUGCUUCUCACAGUGGAACACGUUAUCAUAGCAGAAUUGGGCAUUGUUGCUGAAAUAUUGUCAAUAUACAAAGGCAUGCACUUUAACAUGUAUGUACCAAUCAGUUCUAAGCCAGCACUGGACACAGAAAGCUUGUAACUUUUUAAAAUGCGUUUUUUAAAAUGACAAAGGCUUAUUGGCAUAAGUCCAACUGAGCACAUGCAACAAAUAGUAUUCAGUUGUUUGGGGGGUUUUUUGUACAGUGGGCAAAAUGUUGUCCUUCAACCCUAAAGUUAGGAUUUCUUCAUUCCUUCCAAACUGGAUCUUCAUUCCUAGAGUGAGAGCCAUUAUGUUGUAGUCAAAAA